AUGCGGCAGCUUCACCUGACAUAUCCGAUCAGCAAUGAAAUCGACGAUGAUUGUAUUGAGAUAGUUCUUCCUCCUACAUUUCAUGCUAGCCCCGAAACUUCAUCCGUCUUGGACUCAGAUCAGGAACCUGGACUCAUACAAAGCUGUUCAACAAAAGACGGCCAGGAUGCUUAUGCAGAUGAUGAUGAAGGCGUCGUGAUCCCAGAGCUUGUCGAAACAGAAGUCGUGCUCGACCAAACUGAGGGUGAAGAAGACGAAGAUGAAGCUCUUGGCUCAUCACUUCGAGGUCGUAAUCAGCGAAGAACUAGGCGUGUUGGAGUUUGUGACGACUGGCGACCAUUACUGCUUAUCAUCCCUCUUCGGCUUGGCCUGCAUCAGCUAAAUCCCGACUAUAUUGAGGCUCUGAAGGUGGUUGAAUGGAUAGGUUAG